AUGCAAACGUUGCUGGGUGUAAUAUUCGUCUCUCGGUCAUCAAUCGUUGGACUCGUACUGGUCAUGCCUCCAUGCUGUGAAGAAAGCAAGGAAAGAGAAAACUUCAUUCGUGCAAACACGUCUCGUGCUGUCUCGUCUCCGUCCAGAUUUAUUGUCGUGGUCGUGCCUCAUUAUCGUCAGACUUUUCGCG